UUCACUUCUCGUAACUUCGGCUUUGCUCGGUCAGUUCCGACUGCCAGCCAGAAGAAUUCGUUAGUAUUCGCCGCGCUGCCUUGCCGGCAAGUUGUAUUUAAAAGGAGGUGCUUUCAUCCUCGUAUCAGUAACGAGCGCGCGUGUCUAACCGGAGUUAUUAUUUAAUUCCUAGUUAUAUUAUAAAUGUUUAGUAAACUCUGGGUGUGAUUUAGACUAUUUUUAAACGUGUUUGUACAACGGGAGUUCGGGUGCUGGAUUUAAUCUAAAAAUAAAAUAAAUUAAAUAUCGAAGGUGUUUAUUCUGGAAGGAGCCAGAGGUACAGGACAGUAAAGAAACAUCGAUGAAAAUUCCUAAGAAAGACGUUCCUCGUAUAUCAGAAAGAAUAAUCCUCUUAAACGUGAAAAUCGUAUCAUUGGAUUCGGAGAAACAUUGUGCGCGUAAAGUGACACGUCACGGUUCUCCGUUCCGAUUCGCCGCGAAUUUGUCGAAAAGUCCGCCGUAUUCUAAUCGUCGGUCAGCCUCGUUGAAGAUCUUCUCGUCGGAGUGGGCCAAGUUCUCUAUCAAAACAUGGCCACGUGAUCGACGGCGCGACUUGUAAACACUGAGUUUGACCACGUGGUCUCCCCCCUCUCCCGCCUACGUCUAUCUCUCUCGCGCUCCUACUCUUUCACCGUUUACCUCUCGCUCGCACGCGACACGCAGAACAACGUACAGCGUAUUCUCGUUCGGUCCGCUGCCAGUUGCGGGAGAGUUCGAUUCGGAGUGAUCCGCGAUACUCUGCUUUUCCUCGUGAUCUUUCCGUCGCGUUUGUUGCGCGAGUGUUACCGCGUAGACGCAUGCACUGUUCGUUCGUGGUCGUGUGGUGUCUCGGGAAAAGAAACGAAACGAAACGAAGUGACAGCGACCAUAGGCAAGCAGAGAGAGCAACAACGUGGGACGGCUGCAAAAAGAGUGACCCCGGUUCUGGUUUCAACUCGUUAAUACCGACCAAGUGUUGUUAACCCGUCGAAGUGACAGUGUCGGCCAUACCGAGUGAGCCUCUCGAGGAACUUCGUUACGGCGACGUAUAUCGGUGGUACAGCGCCAAUUCAGCACGUUUGUCGCUGUGGGCCAUCGCGUCGUUUGAUGCUUGCGGUCAAAGUGGAGUACACCGAGGAAACGAACAUGAUGGACUCGGUGCCGGUUUCAGCCGCGGGGUCGAAGACCGGGUUGCAACCACAACAGGGGGUACCAUACGACCUUGAGAGUGGGUUCGAGCCACAGACCCGUGCGCGUUCGCACACGUGGCCUCUGCCGCGACCGGAGGAAUAUAUAGAGGGAAACGUGGUACCGAGCGUACCGGCUAGCAAAGAGGGCGUCGAAGGUGUCGAAAGUGGCACGCCGUCACAGCAUGGCUCUCUCGGCCAAGGUACCGGACUGCUUCCGGUCAAGAAAAAUUCGUCGCGACGAAACGCCUGGGGGAAUCACAGUUAUGCAGAUCUCAUCACUCAGGCCAUCACCAGCGCCCCCGACGAACGGUUAACGUUGUCGCAGAUCUACGAAUGGAUGAUGCAGAAUAUUCCAUACUUCAGGGAAAAAGGAGAGAGCAACAGCAGUGCCGGAUGGAAGAACUCCAUAAGACACAACCUGUCGUUGCACAGUAGAUUCAUGCGUGUUCAGAACGAGGGUACAGGAAAGAGUUCCUGGUGGAUGAUAAACCGGGACGCGAAACCUGGAAAAUCGUCACGCAGGAGGGCAAUAACUAUGGAAACGAGCAAAUUUGAGAAACGACGCGGACGAGCGAGGAAGAAGAUCGAGGCGCUAAGGAACGGCGGUCUACAAGCUGACGCGACGCCUAGUCCAAGUAACAGCGUCAACGAAGGGUUGGAUUUAUUUCCAGACAGUCCACUUCAACCCGGAAGUGGAUUCCAGCUAUCACCUGAUUUCCGUCCUCGGGCUUCAAGCAACGCCUCAUCCUGCGGUCGAUUAAGUCCGAUCCCAUCAAUUCCUGGGAAACCAGAGUGGACCUCACCGUACACACCCUCUUAUAGCCCAGAACAAUUAGCCGGUAGCCUAGCGGAAGCGAUGAAACUGGAGUCGUAUCAAAUGUAUCAUCAUACGUCACCACCUAAUCAUACGCAACAGACUGGCCCACCCCCGUCCUAUUACGAGACCCAAUACCAGAGGAGCAAUAGCCUCACCACCGGGUCGUCCUCGUUCGCGUUGCAGCCAACACCUCAAUCAGCUAAUCAGCAAAGAUGCCCGAUUCACGGUUUGCAACCGUGCGCCUGUCAAAUGAAUUUAAGUCCAGUGGCUGGAAUGUCACCGUCCUACCAACAGAGCGAACCCAGCCCCACAGCACUGGGCAACAGUCAACAGCAGACGCUCCAGUACAUGAUGCAGACGCAACAAUGCCAACAAUCACAGCAGCAGCAGCAACAGCAACAACAACAGCAACAGCAGCAGCAACAGUCUCAGACUGAAGGGACUGGAUCCAGUCCACCUCAAACGCCCACACCCUGCGGACCCACGCCUAGCACGAUGAUGGGCCAGUUGAUGGGUGCGCUGAAUAAUUCCAGCCUACUGGAUGACUUGAACAUCAACAUCGAGUCGUUGCACGGUGGAUUCGACUGCAAUGUUGAAGAAGUAAUCAAACACGAGCUAUCCAUGGACGGUACGUUGGAUUUUAAUUUUCAACAAGGCGUGAUGGGCACAGCAGCGAUUCAAGUGAGCGAUAGCAACGUGGGUCAGAACGGUGUUGUGACUCAGAACAACGUGGUCGUUGGCACUACGGCUGGAAACGCACCCGCAGGAGUUUACGUAAGCAGCAACGCGGCGACUCCUGCCGCACCUCCCUCGUGGGUUCACUAACAGUGGACCCCGCCACCCUCGACACCCCCGUAGUCCUUGCCAUCGACGUCACUAGACGGAGAAGAUUAUUUCCACAGACCGUCCGAGGGACAGCUCAUCGGAGUCCCAAAGGUCGAGGACGAGCGGGAGGAUCGACGAGUACUUGUGAUAAGGUGUAGAAAUAAUUAUACCGGACCACGACCGCGAUACGUACCAUACCAUCGAAUGUACUUUAAAAAUGCCGAUCUACGCCUGUGCAACUGUGGGACAAGAACGACACCAUGAGCUUAACCAGCAUUGGAUUCGUCGCCUGUUUCAUAGGGCAGAUGGUAAACACAGGAAAAAACACAGACUCUCAAUGUUUUACCUCUGUGAGAUCUCACCAAUAUGUUCAGCCUUUUAAACCUUACUGUAAAUCGCUCACAUGAAUUCAAUUUUUGAAAUUUUACAUUCUUAAUGGGAGGAGAAGUAUCAAUCGUCCUUAUUUUCAAUACGAAUUCCCCAAGUUUGGAUCAUAUUUUAAUAACAACUCUUCAUUUUCAAUAGACAACAAUUUUACAAGAACAAAAAUUGCUAUAAGUUCCUUACGAUUAAGAAUUCUUAAACUGUACCGUGUGACGGAGGUCACGUGACAAUCGCAAAUGCUCAGGUGUGAUCGUCGAACGGUAGAGUCGAUUUCGUUUCUUUUCUCCUCUGCUCAUGCCGUUCUCUAUGCUUCCCCUUCGCUCAUUUAUUUUUCAAAAUCCGCGACGAAGGGUAGAGUUCAUUAACGGUGUUCAGAAGUACGUUUGCGGGUGGCGUGGGACGUAAGUUACUCGUGAAAGCACGCAUGCGCGUUCGUGUGACGCUCGCAACCGCGCAUGCGCGCUUGCCGUGUGAUCCGCGCAUGCGCGCUUAUCGCGUGGCUCGCGCAUGCGCGCUUGUCGCGUGGCCCGCGCAUGCAUGCGGCAGUGAUCUAGAAAUGGCAGACUGCAUGGGCCGACGAAAGGACGAUGACUCGCAGACAGUUUCGUCGUGCGUACACGAUCUCUGUUCCCUGUAAAAGUAACCUCAUGUGCUUCGAGACGCACACUAUACAUAUAUAAAUAAAUAUAGAUAUAAAUAUAUUAUUAUUAUUGUAUAUGUAACUGAAACAAUUACGAAGAGAAAUUGUGUGCGAAUGUCGCUGCAACUUCCACCGCGGUAUAUAUGUAUGAUAUUAAAUAUAUAACAGCGUAUAUAUAACGUAUAUCAUACAUGUAUAUGAUAUUAUACAAGGAUAAGGAAUAUUAAGUAUAUUCUAUAGAAUAUUGUACGUUCGCUAAUGUUAUGUAUAGUAUACAAAGGAGAAAUAUUAUGUGUAUAAUUAUAUAUAUAUAUAUAAACUUAGGCGAAUAAACGAGUACAUAGGUUAUGUAUAGAAUAAGCAUAGGUACAAUUUACAGUAAGCAAGCUGCUAGAGGUAGACGUGUAAAAGGAAGAAGUUUUAGUCACAUGGUUAAGCCGGAGUUGACACGAUGACGAAAUGCUCAUUCUUCGUGGCUUCGUUUCAAAAUCGUCGCGUCGUUUCGUGCCGACACGUUGGUGCUUUUUGAUAGGUGAACACGUUUCUUUCUCAUCCCUGUGUUUCUUAUCGACGAAACGUUAGGAUCGAUGUGCUAAUUUAGGUAAGCAGAGCUAAAGGUGUCGCGAAAUAUAGAUGAAAUUAUAUUCUUAGCGAUGCUCGAGGGGAGCUUGAGAAAUUAGAGUUUCACGACGAUAUCGUGAACCGAUUAGGAGUCUUUUGGCAUCGAAGAGUUUAGGCGAAUUUAAUAGACCUUAGUUGUGAUGAUUGCUCGACGAUCGAACGAUGACAAAGGAAAAAUGUUGGUCACUGACCACCGCGGAUGGUUCAACAGCUAUGAGAUUCUUAGUUUCUAAGCUGCGCGCCGGUCAUGAGUAGCGUUAACGCGGGAAGAAGUCAAUUUUAUCGACAAAUAUGAUUAGGUCUAAGGUAACUCAACUGCGCGUACGAAUGAAACCGACUCCGUUUGACUGUGAAACACGUUGGUCUUGGAGUUGAACGAGGUGUAAUGUCAACGACGAUUGACUGACUGCUAUCACUUCGAAUGUAAGCAUACUUAGAUCGUUUUAAGUUCUUCUUUAUUUACCGUGUAGCGGGAUGCCGUUCGGACGGAGAGUAACGCGUUGCUGUCGUCUAUUUUUCUUUGUUUUUGUUAAAAUUAAAAAGAAAAGUCGUACUGAAUCUACUAAAAAUGAUGUAAACUUCCAUAUACCUCUAUUGGUAAUUAUCAUAAAUAAAUUAACAACUUUGACAUCUUAUGAUGACAUCAGUGCAGAACGUAUUAAACAUUGAUAGACGACGUGAUUGCAAGCUCUCCCUUCGAGUACACACUAUGUGCUAUACAUAAAAACUGCCAUUUAAUAAGUGCAAUACAUACGUACAAAAUAAGCCCGUCAGUCGUCGUUUCGGUUUUUGUCGCGUUCGAGAUUCGCAGAUGAUGUGUUUCCUUUUCCUUGAGCCAAGGAAUCGAAAGACGAGCUUUGAUGUGCAUACGAAGCUGAUUGUAAGUGUUCAUAAGGUAAUUACGGGACAGAGUUUAAUCUAGGCGGAAACGACGUGUGUGACUGAGGAACAGUGACUAUCAGUGGGAGGAACGCGUGGAUUUAUCGAGCUUAUGAUAGUCCAACGUGGAACGAAAGAACUAUACUUUUCUACGUUCUCGUUAAUAUGGAAUUCAUAGCAGAGUAUCUUAACGCUAAAACCUAAACCUAAAAUAGUAAUAUAAAUUUUUCAUGUUUAACUUUGAAUCCUUUAAAGAUGAGGUGUAAACAGUGAUAGACUGAUACUGGGUCAUUUUUAAUUUAUAGCUAAAUUUUUAUUAUACGUGCUUUAGAUGAGAAUUUUUUAGCAAAAUGUAAAUAUUUUAUAGAUAUAUCGUUAAAUUACGAAGUAUUUGAGGUUAUAGCGUUAAGGUGGCUCCCUCUGUGUACACCCUGGUGCAACGUAGCCUGCUCUUGAUUAAGAGGAAUGGGAGGAGCAAGCAUCUCCCACCAUAAGUGUUAUUUAUUCUUGUUUUUCAAGUAUGAAGAUAGGAGAUUCUAGGUUAGAUUAUUUCAUGAUUCUCCUUAGGUUCAGGGUCUGAUGGGAUAUCUCCUCCCCCUCGACAUUUACCCUUAACCUUUUGUCUCAUAAUUUUUUAGAUAAUAACGUCAUUUACUAUUUCAAUAGUAAGAGAAAUUAAAAAAACCAUUGGUAUAUUAAGGCAAGAGGUUAACCAAAGCAGCCUACGUUGCCCCCAGAUGUACACUUUAUGAGGUUAUGUGUUCCUUCGUUGAGAACCAACAUAAUGAAUGUUGCGCUUUAUGUCCGAUCGAGAAAUUGAGCUUUUUCGGCGAUGAGUGAGCGAGAAAAGCGUUCUUCUUGAAAAUGAAACGUUUUCGAAUGGUGAAAACUUUGCACACAAAAUCAGACGAGAACUACGCGAAAUUCUAACUCGUAUAUCCGUCCACUGAAUGUAGAAUUUUGGAUCGUGGAAUGAAACGCGUUGUUGCCUGAUAAGACUUUCAGUCAAAUCAUUGAUAUUUCAUUGAUGUUUUAAUACUUUAUAAUUUCCUAUACCUCUACCUUCAUUUUGAAUUUAAUUUUCUUCUUAAAUGUACAUAUAAAUAAUCAUAAUUUUAUUUACAUUAAGAUAUUUGAAAUCAGUUAAUUAAUGAAAGCUGUAACCUAACCUAAAAUACGAUAAUAUCUAAGAACAUUUUUAUUUAUACAUUAAAAGCAACACAGCAGUUUAUUUGUCAUUGUUUACAAUUUUGCAAGUCGUCUAUAAAGACAAUCUUUAUAGAUAAAACGAUUUAGGUUAGGUUAGGUUAAGAUUUAAGGGUUUUUCAUAAUGUUAUCCAUAUUUAACCAGUGAUUGUUAGGAGGGUAUGACAUAUUUAAGUACAUUAUGUGACUCUAUUUAUUAAAUAUUGCAUUUAAUUUAUUUUAUUAUAAAAAUUAUUUAAUUUGGAGUCUCUUAAUAAAUGAAAAGUGGUGAAAUAAUCAAAUGUCUAUAAAUUAUUUUUAUUUAAGUGACAUACUCGACCUAACGCUCGCUAGGUUGAACAAUUUAUUUUUUGUUUAAAUAUUUCAAAAUUGCUUUUCUCAUUUAUAUUACAUUUUUUAAGUGCAUGUUACAUCCAUGUAGUUAUAGGACAAGUGUGAACAUUUUGAUUAUAAAUAAAAGAAUUAGCACUAGAACAACUAAAUUACAAAAUUCUUUUUUAAAUUAACAAAUUUAUUAACUUUUAAUGAUUUCAUUAAAAUAUAAAUUGUUUCAUUUGCUAAUUUAUUUUCUAUCUUUUAUUUAUUUAUUUCAAUUGUUCUAGUGUUAACGAAAGUCUUCACACAGUCCACGUAAUUGUUCCAUAUGAUCCAAGGGCGCGAAUGAUCAUCGACGACGUAAACCGCAAUGAUGCCUCAUUAAAGACCCUUAAAAAGAAACUAACUCAAUUACUUUCCUCCACAGUGACUCAGUACACGUAUGCGAAGCGUUUGCUUAGUGAAAUGUCUUAGACAAAUAUGUUACUACCUAUAUCAGGCCUGGGCAACCCAUCAUUGCCGUCAGUUGUACUUCAGCACAGUGGUGGGCGGAGCUUGACAGUGACGUCAGCAGCCAGUCAGUGGAGUGGGGGAACUGUUCACUUUCUUUCCUACUCUUUCAAAAUUAAUUUUCUUUCUGACAUAAGAUGUAUUUCUACAUUUCAAACACAAUAAUAAUUUAAACAAAUUUCAAUGAUUAAACAAUUAUAAAAAUUGCCCCUCGGGGCAUCGAGUUGCCCAAGCCUGACACUCAUGUACACGGAAAUAUAUACGUAGUCAAUGUUAAUAGUGCGAUGAAGAAAGUAUGUGAGAGAGAAAGAGAGGAUGAUUGAAACUGUAUGAGUGUGACAAAGAAGGUGAGGAAAAACAGAUUUUAGUGGAACCUAAUUUACGCUUAACACGUCCUUUUCGUUGUCUAAGACCCGGAACACUUAUCUUUGUUAUUUAAUUAAGCAUUUUACACUGGGCCAUAUCGUGGUCUGUCCAAUAGACGAAGGAAAAUUAGGUUGUUCCUUUGUUUGCGAGAAUCUGAACAGUCCGGGUCAUCAUUUUGGUGGUUACAAUCGUAAAUUGAACGAUUUCGAAAGAAUCACCUGGUUCAUACGAGCAUCAACGAUUGUAACAAUGAAUUCCUUGUAACUCUGUAGCGUCGUUAUGUUUCUUUUCUUCUUCCUCUAUUUCUCUUGGCAGACUAACGCGCGAGUAAGCACAAACGUUUGAAAGAAACUGUAUAAGAUAUGUAGACACAUAUUUGAAACUUGAGUUAUAUAUUUAGCAUGAAUACUAUUUAAUAUAUGAUUCAAGCGUAUAAUAAACGGGUUGUAUAGAAA